CAAAUUCAAUCCCAAUUCUGCACCCUAUUUCCACUUAUAAAAAGCAGUUAGUCCUUCAUUUUAGACGGUUAAAAGCAUUUCCCCUAAAAAUGAACUCAACCGAGUUAACCCAAAACUCGGACUGGGCCGAGUUAACUCACGAGUGCUUAAUCAACAUCUUAUCACGUCUGCCAUUAGAGGACAGAUGGAAAGGACCCAUGCUUGUCUGCAAGCCAUGGAUGGAAGCUUGCAAAGACCCUUCUCUUAACACCGAGCUCGAUCUCGAUCCUUACUUCGAAUCGUCCACUGAGUCAACUCGGUGGUGGACUCCCGAGUUUCAGAGGAAGAUCGACGCGAUUCUCGUUUCUGUUAUUUAUUGGAGUUGUGGCACGUUGACUCGGGUCUGUGUUCGACAUUGCUCUGAUCACUCUCUCGUUCUUGCUGCUCAAAGAUGCCCAAAACUUGAGAUUCUUUCAAUCAAAUGCAGUCAGAGUGUCUCUGAUGAUGCUCUGAUUGAGGUGGCCAAAAGGUGUCCUAUGCUGAAAGAACUAGAUAUUAGCUACUGCCAUGAGAUAUCUCAUGAAUCUAUAUCAUCAAUUGGAAGAAACUGUCCUGGUCUGAAGGUAUUAAAACGCAACUUCAUGAAUUGGCUGGACCCUUCUCAGCAUAAGAAUAUUGUACCAAAUGAAUACCUCGAUGCUUCCCCUCAAGACGGUGAUUCUGAAGCUGCUGCCAUAGGUAAAUUUAUGCCUAAUGUGGAGCAUCUUGAGCUCAAGUUUUCCAAGAUGUCCGGUAAAGGCCUUGCUUUGAUUUCUGAAGCAUGCAUAAACCUGGAAUAUUUAGAUCUGUAUGGAUGUGCAAAUUUGACUAGUCGUGAUAUUGUCAAUGCAUCCGCAAAUUUGAAGAGCUUGAAGAUGGUUAAGAAGCCGAACUUCUAUAUACCAAGAUCGGUCUAUCACACCGAGAGGUAUGGUCAUUGGAAUUUGUAUGAUGAACGAUUUCAGACUGACGUGUUUAGGAUAUAAAUGUUGGACCCCAUAUCGCUAGGGGGACAAUUCCGACUAUUGCUAUGUUUUACUAAAUACAAAUGUGUGUUUGAGUGAUUGCUUUGUGACAGAACUCAGCUUAAUCUUAUGUGUUUUCACAAUAUUGUUUGUGACAAUCUUGUAAAGCUAUUCUGGUACUGCUGUUGUAACUUGUAUAUGUGAAAAAAGUAUAAUGAAUGGUCAAAUCUUGUGUUCUGAUCA